AUGAUCCGAUUAUUCAGCAUGUCGGUACCAGCUCUGCAACAACCGGCCCCCGUAUUCAAAGGCACGGCCGUCGUGAAGGGGGCCUUCAAGGAGAUCUCCCUCGAGGACUACAAGGGCCAGUACGUGGUGUUGUUCUUCUACCCGUUGGACUUCACGUUCGUCUGUCCCACCGAGAUCAUCGCCUUCUCGGACGCCGCCGAGGAAUUCAAGAAGAUCAAAACGGCCGUGGUGGCCUGUUCCACCGACAGCCAAUUCUCGCACUUGGCUUGGGUGAAUACGCCCCGCAAGCAGGGCGGUUUGGGCGAGAUGGCCAUUCCGUUGUUGUCCGAUAAGUCCUGCGCCGUUUCCAGGGCCUACGGGGUACUGGACGAGAAGACAGGCAUACCGUUUAGGGGAUUGUUCAUCAUCGAUGGGAAAGGGAUUUUGAGGCAGAUUACCAUUAACGAUUUGCCGGUGGGUCGGUCGGUGGAGGAGACCCUUCGGCUCGUGCAAGCUUUCCAGUUUACCGAUGAACACGGUGAGGUUUGUCCGGUCGGUUGGAAACCGGGCAGCAAGUCGAUGAAACCGGAUCCGAAAGGGAGCAAGGAGUACUUCUCAACCGUUAAUUGA